AUGAGGAUUAGGAAAACAUUAGCAAUUCUUAGUACAGGCUUAAUUUUAGCCUGUUGUAUCCUAACAUAUUUAAUAAUGGAUCUAACACUUUUCUCACCUGGUCAAGGAUCCAAGCUUUCUGUUAAUGAUAAUCAAUGGCUACACUUUGAGAAUAGAUUGGCAAAAUUGGAAAAAGAUUUCAAUAAACAUCAUGCUAAUUAUGCAAAACAAAUUAUGAAUGCAUUGAGAGAAGUAGCUGAAGCAAAAAAUUUGGUACCCACAGUCCAUUCUAUAAAUCAGUCUAUAUCAUCUAGUUCUUUACAUCUAGGAAAAGUACUUAAAUGCAAUUUUAACAUACAGAAAAUUCCUGUAAUAGACAUUCAAAUGUUAGAUAUGUAUAGACAAUUAGAAUUUAAUAAUGUGGAUGGUGGAGUAUGGAAGCAAGGAUGGAAUAUUACAUAUGAUGACAAACAAUGGCAUCCAAAUAGAAAGUUAAAAGUCUUUGUUGUUCCACAUUCUCACAAUGAUCCUGGUUGGCUUAGUACUUUUGAGAAAUAUUAUGCAUUUCAAACACAAAAUAUAUUAAAUAAUAUGGUAAUAAAAUUGGCAGAAAACAGAAAACGUAAAUUUAUUUGGGCAGAGAUAUCAUUUUUCCAACUUUGGUGGGAAGAUCAGCCUAAAAGAACUCGUAAUUUAGUUAAACGUUUAAUUCAUGAUGGUCAAUUAGAAAUUGUAUCAGGAGGAUGGGUCAUGCCAGAUGAAUCUGUUUCUCAUUGGAUAUCCCAACUCACACAACUUACAGAAGGACAUCAGUGGUUAAAAUAUAAUUUAGAUUAUACACCAAAUUCAGGCUGGGCCAUUGAUCCAUUUGGUCUUUCUCCAACAAUGCCAUAUUUAUUGAAAAAAGCAGGACUGGAAAAUAUACUAAUACAAAGAGUUCAUUAUUCAGUUAAAAAAAAAUUAGCUAAACAAAAACAAUUAGAAUUUCGUUGGAGACAAUUAUGGGAUAAUGAUGGAUCAACAGAAAUCUUUACACAUGUGAUGCCUUUCUAUAGUUAUGACGUUCCACAUACAUGUGGUCCAGAUCCAAAAAUAUGUUGUCAAUUUGACUUUUAUAGAUUACAAAAUUUUGGAUUGAGUUGUCCAUGGAAAAUAGCUCCAAGAGCCAUAACUAAAUCAAACAUUGCAGAAAGAGCUGCUCUUUUAUUGGAUCAAUAUCGUAAGAAAGCCCAACUUUUUAAAACGGAUGUGGUAUUAGCACCAUUAGGAGAUGAUUUUAGAUAUACACAAUACACUGAAUGGGAUGCUCAAUAUAAUAAUUAUCAAAAACUUUUUGAUUAUAUGAAUCAGAAUCAGCAAAUGAACGUUCAAAUUAAAUUUGGAACUUUAAGCGAUUACUUUGAUGCGAUCAGAGAAAAACACAAUUUAAACGAAUUUCCUACUUUAUCUGGAGAUUUUUUUACAUAUUCUGAUAGAGAUGAUCAUUAUUGGAGUGGAUAUUAUACAUCAAGGCCAUUCCACAAACGAUUAGAUCGUGUAUUAUUAAGUUUAUUGAGAGCAUCGGAAAUAUUAACUACUAUAGCUUGGACCAAAGGUAAUGAGAAUUUAGUAGAAGGUACUCUCGCACAACGUAUAAGUAAGGCAAGAAUGUGGCAUUCUUUGUUUCAACAUCACGAUGGUAUAACUGGAACUGCUAGAGAUGAAGUUGUUAUAGAUUAUGCUAAGAAGAUGAUAGAGGCCUUAAAUAAUUCUGCACAUGUAUUACAACAAUCAGUAGUUCAUUUAUUAAAAACUCCACAAGAAUCUACUAUUGAUACAGAUGCUGUGUAUAUAACCCUUGACGAAUCUAGAUUACGACAUACCAGUGUAGGAGACAAAUAUGUACUAAUAUUUAGAGAUGAAAAUCCUUUAAAAAAAAUUAUUCUGUAUAAUUCUGUUCCAAGACAAAGAACAAAAGUACAAACACUGGUUGUAUCUACUCCAUUUGUUAGAGUUACUGACCGAAUGGGUCAAGCAGUCCAAUGUCAAGUCUCUCCAAUCUGGAUUGGACCUGCUGCAUUAACUGUUGCUAGAUAUGAGUUAUCAUUCUUAGUUACAGUACCUGGGUUUGGUAUCACAACAUACAUAAUUCAUGCUUUACCUAAAUCAUCAUUCCCACAGGAAGUGCAUCUUGCGAAUGUGACUGUUUUUAAUACAGACAUAAUUUUUCCGAAAAUACGGGGUUUUGAUCAAAUUCAAGUAAUACCAAAUGCACAAGAAUUUUCAAUUACGCAACGACCAGAAUUAUCUGCGUCUUUUGGGAAAUCCGGUCUCCUGAAAGCUUUAAGAGUCAGUAAUACAACAGUUCCUGUUCACUUAGAAUUUGUUAAAUAUGGUACCAGAGAUUCUGGCAAAGAUAAAAGUGGUGCUUAUUUGUUUUUACCUGAUAAAUCAGAACCAGAUUUAGUAUAUAUGGAUAAAUGUAUUAUACACUUAAUAACUGGACCCAUUGUAUCUAAAGUAUUUGUAGAAUUUGCACAUGUACGUCACACUUGUACAUUGUACAAUUCCCCUGGUGCUGAUGGACUUGGUUUACAUAUUCAUAAUGAAAUUAACAUAUCAGAAACACAAAAUUAUGAACUUGCUAUGAGACUUAGCACAGAUAUAGCUUCAGGAGACCAAUUCUAUACAGAUCUAAAUGGCCUUAAUAUGAUUAAGCGUCAAAGAUUUCCAAAACUUCCUACACAAGGAAACUAUUAUCCUAUGGCAGCAAGUACAUACAUAGAGGAUAAGAGGAUUAGAUUAACAGUAGUAACAGCACAACCAUUAGGUGUAAGCUCUAUGGCAUCUGGACAAAUUGAAAUAAUGCAAGAUAGAAGAUUGCUUCAAGAUGAUAACAGAGGGCUUGGUCAAGGUAUAACUGAUAAUUUAUUAACAAAUCAUAUAUUCAUGUUCAUUCUUGAAAAGAGAAAACCGUUUUGUACAUUUCCAACGCCUCCAACAAACCACCCAUCAGGAUUACUAUCAUUAUAUGGUCAUUUAGCAUCAGAAGAACUAUUAUAUCCUAUAAUUGCAUUGCAUCCAGAUAGUUCUUUAUCUUUUAAUUUAAAUCCAUAUUUCUCACCACUGCGUUACGACUUUCCUUCGGAUUUAAGUGUUGUCAGUUUUCGUGUAUUUCCUAUUCCUGAAGGAGCUGGUAAAGGUAUUGGAAUGGUUUUGCAUCAAGCAGCUUUAGACAUGUGUUGGAAUGACAAUUCUUAUUUACGUUAUUUCAAUGUUUCUGAAUCUGUAGAAGUUGAUUUAACAAAAUUUCUUAAUUAUAUAGAUGAUUGGAUUAUUAGUAAAGCUUCUCUUACAUUCCAUAAUGUAGGACCAUCAUUGAAAUCACCUAUUGUUAACUUAUGUCCACACCAAAUAUUACCAAUCUUAUUUCAUAAGACACAAUCUUAAACAAAAUGUC